ACCGUAUGUAGAGAUAUCCCUAUCCCAAACAAAAUUAGCGGCGGCCUAAAAGAGCCAAAAAAAAUCAUAGUGCUCCACAAAGAUUAAAAUUUACAGCCAAGAUCUCUUCCUUGUGAAUACCAUCUUCCAUUGAAGUAUCACACUACUAUGGAUAAGACUACUUCCUAUAAGUCAUCAUCGACAUCAUCCAGAAGAUAUAAACAUCCUAAUAGCGGUGUCCCAAGUUCCAAUCGAGCCGAUGAGAUACUGACAAAUGAUGCCCCAUCUUCCUCAGAUUCAAUCACUAAUUCAGAAGUUUUAAAUGAUUAUUUCAUAACUAGUGCCAAGAGUCAGAACAAGUCCAUUAAUGCAUCUAAGUACUCCAGGGGCAGUUACUCUAAUAAGGUUUCCGAUAACUCUUUCAGAAAUAAGAACAAUUACAACUAUAACAAUAAUCAUAGUAGUUAUAAUAAUGGUAAUGGUAAUCGAGAUAAGAGUAACACCACAAUUGAAUCAAAACAUAAUCAACCAGAUAAUAAUCCCAGAAGCAAAGAAGAAGAAUUAAAAGCUAUUCAACGAGCUAAGAGAUUUUCCAAUCAAAGUGCCCCGGUCAAUGCUAAUUCAUAUGGUUUUGUGAGUAGAGGGGAAGAUAAUCGAUUACAAAAGUCUCAUCGUGAUAGACAAAAAUUCUUUAAUAUGAUUCUAUUAACAUUUAUCGAAUAUUGUAAUUUAAAUUCAACUCAUUCAUUAAGUAAGAAUUUUAGUAAGUUGGUUAAUAAGAAUGAUGUGCUUGAGGAUGAUGCUGAUGAAGAAAAAGAUCAUAAAAAGAAGAAUGAGAUCAGUUUAGAUUCCAUAUUAAGUUCAUUAAGAAAGUUAAGAGAAGCAUUAUUAUAUAUUGAUCAUUCUAAGAAUGGUGGUUCCACUAGUAUAAAGACCAAAGAAAUUGAACAAUUUACAGCAAAAGUUUAUUUAUUUUCAAUCCGAUUAAGUGCUAAUAUUGGUCAUUAUCAAACUUAUAUUCCAAGUAUUAAUCAUUUAAUUCUUCAUAAAUCACUUUUAAAUGAUGAUGAAUUUGAAGAAAUCAGUAUAUUAUUAAUCCUUCAUCUAUUACAUUUCAAUAAUCUUCAAUCAAAAGCGAUUAAGAUUUAUUAUGAUAAUGAACUUCAUAAACGGAAAACCAGUGGUACAAUAAAACUUUGGCAAGUAUUACAAAGUUGGAUUCAUCAAGAUUAUGUUCAAUGGUUGAAAUUAUUUAAUUCGGAAAAGGAUACUUGUAAACUAACCAUUAUGAAAUUUGGAUAUGAUAAGAUCAUGAAACAUAUGAUCAAUGUGAUAAAUCAAUCUUAUUUUACUAUAUUAGAACGAGAUUUAUACAAUGAUUUAUUACAGCAAGAAUUUCUCAAAACCAAGUGUGAUAUUAAUGAUAUUAUUGUGAAGUAUAAGUUGAACUGGAAGGUUGAAGAGGGUAAGGAUUCUAAUAGAUUGGUUAUAAUAAAAGAAAGACGGACAGUUAAAAGUUCUUAAGAGUAUAUAUAUAUAUAUCUACAUAGUAAUGGAUAAUCGGAAAACCAAAUAGUUAAUAGACAUAUGAACGAACUGUGUUAUUUGGAAACCCCAUACUAAAAAUAUUGUAAAUCCAA